AUGUCUAAUAGAUACACAUCUUUAUCUUCAGUUUCAGCAGUUAGAAAAUCAAGGUUGGAAGGAAAGCCUUCUUUAUUACCGAAGCCCCGCCCUCCUGGGUCUAUAGAUCGUCAGUCUAUGGACACAAAGAGACCUUCUACAACUGGAUUCCGUUCUAGCAGUGCCGAACCACCAAGAGCUACUAUUGGGGGUAGACUCAGUAGGGAGCCAUCUGCUACUAAAAUACCUUUCAACAGAAGAUCUCGUUCUCAAACUGGUGGUGGAGAAGUGAGACAUGAUGUAGCAACACCUCGUCGCAGCAAUCAGUACAGCACUACAGCAACACCUGUGAGAACUCCAUCGCAAGAUCGGGACAAGUUCAAUUGGCAGAUUUCGCUCGAUAGGGCUCUGGCAUUUGUAAUCAACAAAGACAAGAGACCGAUACAAAGCAUAGAUUGGCAAAGGUCGGAGUGCGCGCGUAUGAAUGUGGUGCUGGCUUCGCUGGAGGUAGGCGGACUAAGCCGGCCACUCACCAUUGCUCGAUUUGUUGAAAUUGUCAACAUACUGUUGAGCUACAUUAGUAAGGAUGCAAAACUCAACAACGACAAUUAUGUUGUAAAGCUUCCGCAUCUGACCAAACGACUUCUGUACCCGGGUGCGAUGCCUAAAUCGUGGCUUCGCACAGUGAACACUCUGCAUUCAUUUCCACAGGCGCUCGCUCUUAUCUCAUACCUGGCGGACUUGUUAUCGGACAUUAGGAGACCGGUAACUGACGAAUGGCUUUACAAGUCUAAGGAUGAUAAGUCGCGCCUUCGUCGUGCUUAUCUGCGAAAAUGCUGGUACAGAUUCAACUAUCAAACAAACAAUGGUUUCGACGACCUCAACGAAGAAUACCUCCAAGAUUUUAAAACACGAGUCGGUUACAAUGAGCUGAAGGUUGCAGAAUUGCAGAAAGAAGUCAGGAAAUGCGAAAUCGAUUUGGAAAGGACGGAAGAGCUGGACGCCAAGGAACGCGAAAAGGAAGCUGUAAUCGUAUCCCGUCACGAGCAUUUGGUAGAAGAACUGCAUCAAGUGAAGAACCAGAGGAGUGAGCUGAACAGCAACGCGGUAGCCGAGAGAGCUCGGAGCGUGGCCCUCGCGAGCACACGGCAGCAAUUGGCCGCGGAGGUCGAACGGAGCAAGGUCCAAUUGGAACAGCUUCAGAAGGAGUUGGCGUCGCAAACGAUGACGGUGCAAGAGCGGAACAAACUGCUCGACAAAUUGGACUUUGACAGACGGGUCACCGAUUCUAAGCAGGCUUUGGCAAAAGAAGUGUCGAGGAAACUAGUGAGCAAGGAGAACGAGUUAGCGCUGUGGCAGAAGCGUGCGCUGGACAGCUGCGUCCAGUACAAGCAGGCUUUGGUGCAGCUCGCGCCGUCCGCUCCGCAUCUGGCCGCACUCGCUGUGGACGAGACUGAGUUGAUGAGUCCAGAAUGCGUGCAGCACAUGAGCAGGGCGAUGGAACAACUGCAGCGGGAACAAGAGGCCCUCGCAGCUAAGAAGCAGGAGCGAGCUCGCUCCAAGACUCAGAUGCAUCGGAGGAAUGCGCAACUUGCUGAAGAAACUCGGUCGAAAAUAGCAGAAAUAAAAGCGGCGAUCGAGCGCGAGCAGCAAGCCCUGGAAUUGGAUAUGGCCGCUGAAACGGCGGAAUCGGCUUCUUGGAAUCGAGAAGAACUCUCAUUACAGCAGCGAGCUGACGACCUUCGCGCUGGACAUCAUCAAUACAAUGAGGUGGAAGAACAACUAAGAUUGGUGCGCGAACGAGAAGUCAAACAGCGAGAGCGAGUUAGCCAUAUGAAAGCCCUGGUGGAGGACGCGAGAGCGCAGUCCGCAGCAGCUCUGCUGCGAGCUCGCGAGAAACGUCGACGACUGUUAAAAGAGUCCGUUCAAGCGAUCAGGGAGCGUUUGCAGCACUGA